CAGUCUUCGCCUGCAUCACCUACUUGGCGCUCGUUUUACAUUACAUCGUGCUCUAUCCCCUCACAACCCCUAUAGCCCUCCACAUACCCCAACAACGCGAACAAAUGCCAGGAAUGCCAAAGAAGGGUGGACGCAAACCCCCAGCGUCCGCUGUGCGCAAGGAUAAGCGCCUCUCUGAGAAGCAGGAGCUGGAACAACUUGAGCAGAGAUGUAAACACCCUAUCAUGGGAGUGGACUCGAUGCAGCAGUUUGAUGAACUUCCUAUAUCGCAAAAGACGCUCUCGGGACUGAAGCGAGCAAAUUUCAUCAAAAUGACCGACAUUCAGCGCAAGGCCCUGCCUUUGGGUCUCUGCGGCAAGGAUAUCCUAGGCGCAGCUAAGACUGGAAGUGGAAAGACAUUAGCCUUCCUUGUACCUAUGGUCGAAAUGCUGUAUCGUCAAAAAUGGGGGCCUAUGGAUGGACUCGGAGCCUUAGUGAUCUCGCCAACCCGCGAAUUGGCUGUUCAAAUCUUUGAGGUCCUCCGCAAAGUUGGACGUGAACAUUCGUUCUCUGCAGGAUUGAUCAUUGGAGGCAAGGACUGGAAGAUUGAGCGAGAGUUGAUUUCCAAGAUGAAUAUUCUCGUAUGCACACCAGGACGUCUGUUGCAACACAUGGACCAGUCGGCCGGAUUCGAUUGCGAUCAUCUGCAGUUAUUGGUUCUGGACGAGGCGGACAGGAUUCUGGACAUGGGAUUCAAAAAGAGCGUUAACGCCAUCGUGGAGAACUUGCCUCGUCAACGCCAGACUAUGCUGUUCUCGGCCACGCAGACGAAAUCUGUCAAGGAUCUGGCGCGUUUGAGUUUGAAGGAUCCAGAGUACGUUGCGGUCCAUGAGAAGGCGGAGCACUCGACGCCCAAGAAUUUGUCGCAGUACUACAUGGUCGUACCACUACAACAGAAAUUGGAUGUUAUGUUCAAUUUUAUCAAGACACAUUUGACCGCCAAAGGAAUCGUGUUCUUGUCAAGCUGUAAACAGGUCCGAUUCGUAUUUGAGACAUUUUGUAAGCUGCAUCCAGGAGUACCGCUUUUGCAUCUACACGGAAAGCAGAAGCAGCAGAAGCGCGCCGAGACAUACGCUAAAUUUGCCGCUCAAAAAGCUGCCUAUCUGUUUUGCACCGAUAUCGCAGCGCGUGGAUUGGACUUCGCUGCCGUUAACUGGGUCAUUCAACUCGAUUGUCCCGAAGAUCCAGAGACAUAUAUCCACCGUGUCGGUCGAACUGCGCGCUAUGAGGCGAGUGGUCAGGCAAUGUUGAUGCUCUGUCCUAGCGAGGAGGCCGGCAUGAUCCAGGGACUCGAACGGGCUAAGGUCCCUAUCCAGGAGGUCAAGCUGAAGACGGACGCCAAGGACGUCAAGAAGGAGCCGAUUCAGAAACAGAUGCAGCGACUUUGUUUCAACGACCCUGAGAUCAAGUACCUGGGGCAGAAGGCGUUCAUCUCGUAUAUGCGAUCGGUAUACCUGCAAAAAGACAAGACCAUCUUCGAUGUCAAUGCCUUGCCAGCUGAGGAGUUUGCUGCGUCGUUGGGACUUCCUGGUGCACCCAAGAUCAAAUUUGUGGAGAAAUCAAAGGCAAAGAACGCCGUGCGGGGCAACCAAAAGAAGACGAACGACGACGAGGAGAGCGAUCAGUACAUGGAAGAGGAAGAAGAGAAGAGCAAGGUCAAGGCACUGGAUGCCAAGAAGAAGAGCAAGAAGGAACCUAUCCCAGAGGAAGAGGAGACAGCAGAGACAACGAUAAGUAAGCAGCCAAAGUCGAAAAUCGACAAAAUGUUCGGCCGCAAGAAUCAGUCAGUCUUGGCGGAGCAUUAUACCAGGCUGGUAGACCACGAGAGUGAUGCCAAGGGCAAGAGUAAUGUGGACGAUGAUGACGAGGACUUUUUGACGAUCAAGCGCGUGGAUCAUGACCUUGCUGGCGACGAGGCUUCGGAGGAGGCGCCCUUGCCAACGUCGAAGAGACAGCAAAAUAUGUCCAAGGUCGAGAGGCUAAAGAACCAGGGCAAGGGUAACAAGCUGAUCUUUGACGAGGAGGGUCAGGCUCACGAGAUCUAUGAGCUUGAGGACGAGGCAUCGUUCCAUGCCAAGGGCGACGCGUCGAGUCAACAGAAGGAAUUCCUGGAGAAGGAGCGAAAGGUCAUGGAUAAGGCCGAUACCAUCGAUAAGAGUGCUGCCAAAGAGAAGCUGAGGGAGAAGAAGCUGCGUCGCAAGCAGCGUGAGCGCGAGGAGAUGAUGGACUACGACUCGGACGAAGGUGAGACUAUAGUCACCCUCGGAAACCCUGAUGUCUCUGAUGAUGAUAACGAUAUGGACCAAGGCAGCGAUGGUAAUGGCCACAGCAGUGAUGGUGGUGAGGAAGAAGAGACGCCCAAGAAGCGCGGUUGGUGGCAGGACAAGGCCGAUGCGGAAGAGGCUAAGAAGAAGAGGAGGGUCGUUGAGGUGGAUGAGCCCCAGACACUUGCAGAGCAGGAAGCAUUGGCACUCAAACUGCUCGGCAUGUAAAACCAAAAACAGAAACUCUUUCUACCAUUCUUUGUUAUCUUUUUAUUCGCAUCGCAUAGAGUCCUUUCAUUUAUUUCCAACAACCAGCAUCGUUUUUAUUCACCAUCCUCAUAAUAAAACCACGAAUCCUUCAGUAGAUAUUGAUUUUUUUUAUGCAGUGAAAGCACAGCUCGAAAUUGGUGGCAAGAUAAUGGUGACUGCCGGGAUCUGCUUGUUUAUGUUUCGCACUCAACAG